AUGGCAACGACGAAGAACUUCACAGGCACCGAGCCCGUCGACCAGUUCCCGCCCGAGGUAACACAGAAGAUCGACGACGACGACCUCACGCAGCGUGAGGCGCAGCGCAACCCUGCGCGCGAGCCCGGCGCAAACAAGCGCGCGGGCGCGGCGACGCGAGACCCUGCAGCAUUCGACACGAAGGGCCGCGGUGCGUCUGGCGACCCGAAGCCUGUGAGAGAUCCUGUUAUGUAA